UGUUGAAUUGUGGUUGACUCGAAAUUUGACAUAAAUAAGUUUGCAAAUUGACAAAUUACGUGACUCCGAUCUAUUUGUUAAAAGCCCCUGAGCUAUGAAAUGUCGCCCAUCUCUAGUUAAUACUCAUGCCUAAUAACGAAGUUGACGAAACCGAUUGCUGUGGCAAUGGAUGCACCAAUUGCAUUCUGGAUAAUAAACCAAAACCUAGCCAACAAGAACUGUUGGCUGGCAAGCGGAAUGUCAUUCUCAAUUAUGCAAAAUUCAAGAUGCUCAGCAACGAAGUGCACAAUGGUGAUGCCCAAUUAAGAUUGAUGCACUUUGUCUACGUCGCUACGGAGAACGAUGAAAAUGAUUGCAUUUUGGACAUUCCCCCGGGUUAUCACGUGAUGUUGCGUGCAGAAUUGCCUGGGCAUGCUGUGCCUUUACUGCGUCCAUACUCACCUUACUGGACAGAUUUAGUUGCAAAAGAAUUUAAAAUUCUGGUCAAGUUGCUGCCGGGCGGACCCAUGUCUGAUUACUUAGCAGCUUUAGAGCCGUUGCAAGUGCUCAACUUUCGUGGACCCAUUGGCAACUAUGUGCAUGAUUCAAGCAGUCCGAAAUGCAUAUAUAUUAUAGCACAGGGUGUGGCGAUUGCAUCCACAUUACCGCUGGUCGCCCAAGUGCUGGACAACGAAGAUGAUAUGAGCUGCAUAUUUCAUGCGAUAUGUGCACAGGACUUACAUCAUGUCUAUUUUCGCGAUCGAAUUCUCGAAUUUUCUCGAUACUGGAAUUACCGAAGCUGCAUCUAUCUGGCGCACCAGCUGUGCAGCUGUGGUGCCGCCAACUGCGACGAGCUAUGUAUGCAUCUGAAAAAGAAAUUGCGUUAUAAUGAAACAGCGUGCAGGCUGCGCCUGGAUGUCAAGCAGUUGGCAGUCCAUGCAGCAUUUAGCAAAGAGAGUGUUUCCAUUGUUAUCAUAGCAGGAUAUGCAACAUUUCAGCGAGUCAUGCGCGAUCAAGCUAUUAGCGCCUUUAAUUUGUCAGAUGAAAAUAUAUAUCUAUUAUAAAUUAUGCUUGUCUUUAUAAAAUGUAUUUUGUGGACAUUGACUUGACCUAUGUCUUAUUUCUAAUUUUUCCAAAUUUAUCUUCAUAUAGUCGGUACUGGAAGUAAAUGUUUUACUGUAUAGUUGUCCCGCUGUAUGUCUGUGAGUGAUUUGUGGCCUUUAAUGUAUAUUUGCUUUGCUUGUAGAGCUUGAGCUAAUCUGGAAAGGUCGAUGGGAACUAAUGGUACACACAGAAUAUAAAUUUUAAAUUAUGUGUCGCUUUUCUAUGUGCAGGAAUUUAAUCUAUCAUGAAUACAA